UCUUGACUGGCAAGUGCAACACAGACGCCAUCUUGAGGAGACCCCAAACGCUGGUUGGUGGUGACUGACAACAAUCUCAGGCGCAUCAUAAUGGGAUUACCUAGCUCCAAGUGAAAUACCCUCCGCUGGUUUUUGGGGUUGCAGACGGCAGGAGAGAGGCGAGGAGCUGCUCGGCGGGUCUCCGCAGCUCCACACAGGCACACCCCCCCUCUGUAGCUAGAUGGCCGGCUAGCUCUCCUCUCCGCCAGCUGGUCUCCGGACUCUACCGUGGCCUGCUCGGGAGGAAGGGUGGUGACGGCGCAAAAUGCACCACCGCUGACUUCAAACGAGACACUCUUUGAUUCAGAGACACUGCGAGCUGGACGACGAGCACCAUGCACUUAUAAAUUUGUCGGCUCUUAACGUCUAAUUGGUUUGUACAGAGGCUGCGCCGUUAGCUUGAACAACCGUUAGUGCCGCCUGAGCUCCCGGCCAGAGACAUGUCGUCCAACUGCACCAGCGUAGCGCCUGUGAGCGCUAGCAAAACCAAGACGAAAAAGAAACACUUUAUAGGACAGAAGGUGAAACUAUUCCGUGCAAGCGAGCCUAUUCUCAGCGUUUUAAUGUGGGGUGUCAACCAUACGAUCAACGAGUUAAGUAACGUGCCUGUACCAGUAAUGCUGAUGCCAGAUGACUUUAAAGCCUACAGUAAGAUCAAAGUGGACAACCACCUUUUUAACAAAGAAAACCUGCCUAGUCGCUUUAAGUUCAAAGAGUACUGCCCAAUGGUGUUCCGCAACCUGAGGGAGAGGUUCUGCAUCGAUGACCAGGACUACCAGAACUCUCUGACGAGGAGCGCCCCACUGAACAGCGACACCCAGGGCCGCUUCGGAAACCGCUUCCUGUCCAGCUACGACCACCGCUUUGUCAUCAAGACUGUGUCAAGUGAGGACAUCGCUGAGAUGCACAACAUCCUCAAGAAAUACCACCAGUUCAUAGUGGAGUGUCACGGCAGCACGCUGCUCCCCCAGUUCCUGGGCAUGUACAGGCUAACAGUGGACGGCGUGGAGACGUAUAUGGUGGUGACCCGGAAUGUAUUCAGCCAUCGCCUCACUGUGCACCGCAAGUAUGACCUGAAGGGUUCUACUGUCUCAAGGGAAGCCAGCGACAAAGAGAAGGCCAAGGAACUGCCUACCUUUAAAGACAACGACUUCCUGAAUGAAGGCCAUAAGCUGCAGAUAGGAGAUGACAACAAGAAGUACUUCUUGGAGAAGCUGAAACGUGACGUAGAGUUUCUGGCCACCCUGAAGAUCAUGGACUACAGUCUGCUGGUGGGCAUCCAUGAUGUGGAGCGGGCAGAGCAGGAGGAGAUGGACGUGGAGGGUGGAGGAGAUGAGGAAGAGUAUGAGAAUGACGGGAUGGGCGGUGGCGCGCUCACUGGUUCCUUUGGCACCCCUCCCGACAGUCCUGGCAACCCCCUCAAUUUUGGCGGAUUCUUCGGCCCCGGAGAGUUUGACCCCUCGGUGGAUGUCUACGCAAUCAAGAGCCACGACAGUGCUGUGAAGAAGGAGGUAUACUUCAUGGCUAUCAUCGACAUCCUCACGCACUAUGACGCUAAGAAAAAAGCUGCACAUGCUGCCAAAACUGUGAAACACGGGGCGGGGGCUGAGAUCUCAACAGUGAACCCAGAGCAGUACUCCAAAAGAUUCUUCGAGUUCAUGUCCAACAUCCUAUCAUAGACUCAUCCUCUCCCAGUCCAGCCAACCACACCCUGUCAUAGAUCCAUCAGCUCCCACCCAAUUAUUUCUCUUCUCCCCCACCACUUUGGCUCAGUCCAGCCCCCCCUCCUCAGCCCCUCCCGGUAACCUCCCACAGCCGGGACAACAGACUGACAAGGAGGGAGGCACAGCAACGCGGCUGUUACACUGUCUCACAGAGAGAGGGCGCUGGACUCUAUUGAAAAAGCAACGUGGCCCUUUCCCUCUUCCUGUUCCCCCUUUUAAACCCUCUGCCCUGCCCUCCCUGCCUACACAGUGUAAGCAUCUUUCAAGGAAAACUUGUGAUACCCAUUGAAUUUGGAAUAAUGUCUGAGAAUCUCCCUGUACCACUUUUUCAGCUUCCUCCUCCACCUCCCUGUUCUCCUCACGCCAGCACGGGAACUGUCUCACAAAUGCCUUGAACGAGUGUGUCAGCUUCAGCAGUAAGAGUCUGUUAGUACAGUCUGUUCAGUUUCCGUUCAUAUUGUUGUUAUUAUUUUUUAUCACACACAUACGCACGCACGCAUACAAACACACACACACACACACACACACACACACACACAUACACGCACACACAGAUGCAGAAUGAUCAGAUCGCAUGAUAACUCCGCAGUAGCCAACAGGCUUUUCAACAACAACAAAAAAGAACCACUGCUGACAGAAAUUGGAACAACAGGCGAUAAACACAUUAAUAUGUAAUGGUUUAUUAAGUAAAUGAAUGCAAUAUCAAAAAUGCAUGGCUGAUAUGUACGAGUCUCCACCAGUAAGUUGAAACAUCCAACCACUGAACUUGCAUCUGAGUGUUAUGACUUAAAAAAAAGAAAGAAAAAAAGGAAAAAAAAUUGGUGUUUGAAUGUUACGUUGCCAUAUUGUUUUUGAAUAUUUUUGAAAUUUUAACCGUGAGCUUGGAGGUUGGUCUAAGAAAAUUCACAUAAAAAUGGGAAUUCCACAGCAAAUACUUGUUUUAUUACCAUAAGAAUCAUUUUUAUAUCUUGUUUACAUUUAAUGUAGCAAUUUUGUGUUUGUAUACAGUAUUGUUUUGUUACCAACAGACAUUAGAAAAAAAGUUACUUGAAACGAUUCAUUGCAUAUUAAAGGGAGUUUUAUCUUGUU